AUGUUAUCCGCAAGAAUGUGGGGUAUUUUUCUUCUGGUUAUCAUAGGUUUGUUGGUACUAGGUGUAUAUCAAAUAAAUAUUUACUUCCGACAAAAACAUAAGUAUUGGCAAAAGCGAGGUGUUUUCUCUCCAGAAGUAGCACCGAUCAUAGGCCAUUUUCUAGACGUAUUUCUCUGCAGACAAAACAUAGUGGAAUAUAUUAAGCAAUACUACGACAAAAUAGACAAACCAUAUUUUGGAUUAUAUGUAUUUGAUGAACCGUUUUUUGUAGUGAAAGAUGCACUUUUGGCUAAACAAAUUUUGGUCAAGGACUUUAAUCAUUUUAGGGAUAGAAAUGUCGCAUCACCAGAUCAUAAUUUAAUAAUACAGAACUUUAUGUUCAACCAAAAAAGUCCUACUUGGAAACAGGACAGAUCUAAUUUAACGCCAAUUUUUUCACCGACAAAGUUAAAAGAAAUGUUUCCGAUUAUUAAAACUUGUGGACUUAAUUUUAUGGAUUAUUUAAAAAGAUGCGAAGGAAUUCUAGAUGCCAAAGAGGCUGCUUCUAGAUUCAGUACGGAUAUAAUUUCUCAAUGUGCAUUCGGUAUUGACUCACACAAUUAUGAGAAAGAUCUUUCCACUUUUCAAAAAUAUGGAAAUAAGUGUUUUGAUCUUUCAUUUCGCAAUAGUUUUUCUCAAACGAUAUAUGUUUUAAAACCGCAAUGGGUAAAUAAACUUAAGUUGGAGUUUUUACCAACUGAUGCAAGUAACUAUCUUUGUAAUAUAGUACUAAAUACUAUGAAGAGUAGAAGAGAUACCGAGAGACGUAAUGAUGUAAUUGAUGCUCUGAAAGAUAUGAAGGAAAAUAAUAAAUUUGAUGAUAGAGAUUCAGAUAUUGCAAUUUCUGGAAUCGUAUUUCAAUUUUUCUUAGCUGGUUACGAAUCAACGUCUACUACUACAGCGUUUGUGUUAUAUAAUUUAGCCAAAAAUAUUUACAUCCAGGAAAAACUAAGGAACGAAAUAAGAUGUUCAUUAAAAAAACAUGGAAGUCUUACUUAUGAUGCCAUCAUGGAUAUACCAUAUUUAGAUAUGUGCGUCGAUGAGUCUUUAAGAAUGUACCCCGUGUUACCCUUUUAUGAAAGAAAAUGCAAUGAAGAUUAUCAUGUACCAAACUCUGAGGUGAUUAUUGAAAAAGGAAAAGCAGUACUGAUACCUUCGUAUGCAUUCCAUAUGGAUGAAAAGUAUUUUCCAAAUCCAAAUAUAUUUGAUCCCGAAAGGUUUAGUCAUAAAAUAGACCAUACGAAUGGCAUUUUCUAUAUGCCUUUUGGAGAAGGCCCCAGGAAGUGUUUAGGUGCCAGACUUGGAAAACUAACUACCAAAGUAGCAGUUCUACUUACAAUUAUAAAUUUUGAGAUUACCCCCUGCGACAAAACGCCUGAUCACAUAGAAUUUGAACCUAAAAGUUUAGUGUUGCAGUCAAAAGUUGGAGUGCCUCUAAUGUUUAAACGGUUUAAUAUAGAAGAAUCUCUAUAA